AUGGCUAUUUCAGUUGAAAUUAAGCAUGUCAUUGCUGUUUGCGCUGUGAUGUUGUGGACACGUGCAUACCCAGCCAUGUCCCGAACAUUGUAUGAAUCUUCUGUUGCUGAAGCAUACCAGCACUGGACGUCCCAGUACGGACUCAAAUAUGCUGAUGAUGCGGAGAAGCAAAUACGUUACAAGUUGGGGCUGAAUCAAUUCUCUGACUUAAAGGAGGAAGAGUUUAUCGCUUCACAUACCGGACUGAUGACUACUUUAAGUCAGCUAGGACGGUCAACCUCAGACUCAGUUACGGUACCGUUGACUCGGACUGACAUUCCAAGAAACUUGGAUUGGAGAGAGGAGGGAGCUGUUACCCGUGUUAAGGACCAAAAGCGAUGUGGAUCCUGUUGGGCGUUUUCAGUUGUGGCAGCUGUGGAAGGCAUAGUCCAAAUAACAACAAAGAAAUUGAAGUCAUUGUCCGACCGUUGA